AACACCGCAUUAUCACGUAAGAUGACCACUGCUUGGUGGGAUUUCCUCAAGAUAAAAAACCUCGGUCGAAUGCCUCAACCUUCAAUUUUAGUUAUCACCGAGCUUUGCCUUAUUGUGUUUCUAUAAAAUAUCAACAACGAUGAAUGCACUUAGUGUUAUGCCGGUAGUUCUGUGUCUUUUGAUAAUUUUUGUAUAUUUUUACCCUUCUGAAUGUCUUGAUUUCAAGUAUCAUAAUAAUAAGGAACUGGAGAGGGUGAUGAGAAAUUUUUCAGUAAUCACUAAAAAUAUUCAUACAAACUUGUAUUCCAUUGGCAGGUCGACCAACGGUCUUCCAUUAUGGGUUAUGGAGGUCAGCGGUUCUAAAACAGCUAGGUCUGAUCUCCCUAAUAUCAAAUUCGUCGCUAAUAUUCAUGGUAACGAGGCUGUUGGAAGAGAACUACUUUUACAUUUCAUGGAGUAUUUGAGAGAUAAUUAUGGCAAAGAUCCUUCAGUGAGUUGUCUGCUGGAUAACUCCCGCAUUCACCUGUUGCCUAGCCUGAAUCCUGAUGGGUUCAGCAUAUCUACUGAAGGUCAAUGCGUUGGUGAGCAUGGUCGUCUGAAUGGCGUCAAUGGCAACAUGGAAGAUUUGAACAGAAAUUUUCCCGAUUAUUUCCAUCAGGAUCUAAAUCCUAGACAACCUGAAACGGAAGCAGUGAUGGCCUGGAUGGAUAAAAUACCAUUUGUUUUAUCUGCUGGAUUACACGGAGGAGCCAUGGUAGCAAAUUAUCCUUUUGAUUCAGAAAAAGUGACAAAAUCGACACCAGAAAAAUUCCCAUCUCUAACACCAGAUAAUGAUGUAUUCCAACAUUUGGCGAGAACUUAUGCGAGAAACCAUCCCAAAAUGAAAAUAGGACUCUGUGAAGAUGAUACAAAACCACAAACUCCAUAUUUUGAAGAUGGCAUUACUAACGGAGCCGCGUGGUAUUCUUUUACAGGUGGCAUGCAAGAUUACAACUAUUUCAAGAAAGGGUGUAUGGAAAUCACUUUAGAAAUAUCAUGUUGUAAAUAUCCAUUACCUCAAGAAUUGAAGAAACUCUGGGAACAGAAUAAGCAGUCACUCUUAAGUUACUCUUUGGAAGCUUUAAAAGGUGUUUCAGGCCAAAUUUUUGAUAGUUCAGAUGAAAGGCCAAUAGAAAAUGCAAAUAUUGAAAUUAUAGGAAGGAACAUGACUUUCAAAUCUUCUCAAAAUGGAUAUUUCUGGAGAAUACUGCUACCAGGAUCUUACCAAUUAAAGGUAGAAGCAGUUGGAUAUUAUCCCAAAAUUGUUCCCUUCGAAGUGAGAGACCAAACUGGAAUAAAUUGUCCAACAAACACCAAACUUUUAAUUUUUUUGAUAAAUGCAACAACGCCAAUGAGUGCAGCCUUGCAGGGAUCCGAACCUACAGGGGGAUCCGGAGGGCGUAUACUGAAUGAUUCUGAAAAAAGCACUUAUCCAUUUUCUCUAACCCCAGACGAAAUCGAUGAAGCACUCAGAAAGAUAUUCGGCGAUUUCUAUAAGAACUUAACUGAAGAUGUCAUACGAAAAAUCAUGACAAAUGAAAUGAACAACAUUUUCGAUUCGCUAUUGAAAGAUUUCGAUAAGAAGAAUGAAACUGAAAAAAUCAAAGUACUCAAGCAAUUAUCGGAAACGUUGAAUGGAGUUCUUCAUACCUUCACUUUAAAUUAUAAAGUUAGAGAAUUUAUGCGGACAGCACUACAAAUAAAGGACUUCACACCGUAUGAAGAAAUACUGAAGAAUUUCGAUGAUACGUCUGACACAGAAAAGAUAAAAGCCUUGGAUCAGCUUUUUCAAAAAUACCAAGAGAUAUUAAAGAAAAAGAAUAGAACGAACAACAGCAACUCAAUAACAUUGAACACGAUGAAGACAAAUGCUUACAUAUAUUCAAUAAUGACAAUCUGUAUUAUAUUGUUAAAAUAAAAUUCCAAGAUAGAUGAGAGCACAAUAUU